GGAGGAGGAAGGGGGAGGUUACUGGUGGCGGCGGCGGCGGCGGCGGCCCGGGCUCCGGCUGUCGGGGAAGCUGCUGAGCUGUGAUGGUGAUGACGAGGUGAAAAUGGCGGAUCUUUCGAAAUACAAUCCCGGCCCCUGACAUACCAGAGGCGGCGGCGACGGCGACGUCGCCACCCCGACUCCCUCCUCGGCUCCCGGGUACCCUGGAGCGCUCCAGUUUGGACAAACUGAGAAAGGAAGCGGCUGACCAGAGCUAUCCUGCACGGGCAAAACAAGCCCUGCCGGGGCUCGGGAUUGCCCAGGACCUUCUGGAGCCCCCACCACGGAGCCCGAGGGAGGAGAAAGCGGCAGCCGCUGGAGUGCCUGAUCAACUUUCUAGCGGGAGAACGAUCAUGGAGGUGGUGCCAGCUGAGGUGAAUAGUUUGCUUCCAGAGGAAAUAAUGGACACUGGUAUAACUUUAGUGGAUGAUGAUAGUAUUGAGGCUGUUAUUGUUUCAUCCCCAAUUCCCAUGGAGACAGAACUGGAAGAAAUUGUCAACAUAAAUUCUACUGGUGACUCUACAGCCACGCCCAUUUCCACGGAACCAAUCACAGUGUACAGUAACCACACUAACCAAGUUGCAGUGAAUACCACAAUUACUAAAGCAGAUUCUAAUACCACAGUGAAACCAGCUUUUCCAAGUGGCCUUCAAAAACUUGGUGCUCAGACUCCUGUGACUAUAUCUGCCAAUCAGAUUAUUUUAAACAAAGUAUCACAGACAUCUGAUCUUAAACUUGGCAAUCAGACCCUUAAACCAGAUGGACAGAAGUUAAUUUUAACAACUUUGGGCAAGUCUGGUUCACCAAUUGUUUUAGCACUACCCCAUAGCCAACUACCCCAGGCUCAGAAAGUUACAACUCAGGUCCAGUCAGGAGAUGCUAAGUUACCACCGCAGCAAAUUAAAGUAGUUACCAUUGGAGGGAGGCCAGAGGUGAAACCUGUCAUUGGUGUCUCAGCAUUGACCCCAGGAAGUCAACUGAUAAAUACUACAACUCAGCCCUCUGUGUUACAGACCCAACAGUUAAAAACAGUACAGAUUGCUAAGAAGCCUCGAACGCCAACCUCUGGUCCAGUAAUCACGAAGCUGAUCUUUGCAAAACCAAUUAAUAGUAAAGCAGUUACAGGACAGACAACUCAAGUUUCACCACCAGUCAUUGCAGGUAGGGUUCUUUCACAGUCUACUCCCGGAACUCCAUCAAAGACCAUAACAAUAUCUGAAAGUGGUGUUAUUGGAUCAACUUUAAAUUCUACAACACAGACACCAAAUAAAAUAGCCAUCUCACCUUUGAAAUCGCCAAAUAAGGCAGUGAAAUCAACUGUGCAGACCAUCACUGUUGGAGGAGUGAGCACAUCACAGUUUAAGACAAUUAUUCCUUUGGCAACUGCUCCCAAUGUCCAGCAGAUUCAAGUGCCUGGAAGCAAGUUUCAUUAUGUCCGACUUGUUACUGCCACAUCAGCCAGUAGCUCAACCCAGCCAGUUAGUCAGAAUCCCAGUACAAACACUCAGCCUCUUCAGCAAGCAAAGCCAGUUGUUGUUAAUACAACCCCAGUGCGGAUGUCAGUUCCAAUUGUCUCAGCUCAGGCUGUCAAACAAGUUGUUCCAAAACCAAUCAAUUCAACUUCACAAAUAGUAACUACUAGCCAGCCACAGCAGCGGCUUAUCAUGCCUGCCACGCCACUGCCACAGAUCCAGCCCAACCUCACUAACCUGCCACCAGGCACUGUCCUGGCACCGGCUCCAGGAACAGGGAAUGUAGGUUAUGCAGUGCUUCCAGCUCAGUAUGUUACUCAGCUACAGCAGUCUUCUUAUGUAUCAAUAGCAAGCAACUCUACCUUUACUGGAACAUCUGGUAUCCAGACCCAGGCACGGCCUCCAUUCAAUGGCAUAAUUCCAUCAGAGUCUGCCAGUCGGCCCCGAAAGCCCUGUAAUUGUACGAAAUCACUGUGUUUGAAAUUAUAUUGUGAUUGCUUUGCAAAUGGUGAAUUUUGCAACAACUGCAAUUGUACUAAUUGUUAUAACAAUUUGGAACAUGAAAAUGAAAGGCAAAAAGCAAUAAAGGCGUGCCUUGACAGAAAUCCAGAAGCCUUUAAGCCUAAGAUAGGGAAAGGAAAAGAGGGUGAAUCAGAUCGACGUCAUAGCAAAGGAUGUAAUUGCAAACGAUCAGGAUGUCUUAAAAACUACUGUGAAUGCUAUGAGGCAAAAAUAAUGUGUUCCUCAAUAUGCAAAUGUGUUGGCUGUAAGAAUUUUGAAGAAAGCCCGGAAAGGAAGACACUGAUGCACUUGGCAGAUGCAGCUGAAGUAAGGGUACAACAACAAACAGCAGCGAAGACGAAGUUAUCCUCUCAAAUUUCAGACUUGCUUACUAGGCCAGCACCAGCUUUAAAUAGUGGCGGUGGAAAAUUGCCAUUUACAUUUGUAACUAAGGAAGUAGCUGAAGCCACAUGUAAUUGCCUCCUUGCCCAGGCAGAGCAGGCAGACAAGAAGGGAAAAUCAAAGGCAGCAGCGGAACGGAUGAUACUUGAGGAAUUCGGACGAUGUUUGAUGAGUGUCAUCAACUCUGCAGGAAAGGCAAAAAGUGACCCUUGUGCCAUGAGUUGCUAACUCUUGCACAAAAGACUGAUAAAUGGAACUGUACAGAAAAUUUAAGGUGCAGGGACACUUGAUUUUCUGGAAGAAAAACAAUUACUGUAUUUUAAUUCAGUCCUUGUAAAAGACCUGAAAUUAUAAUACUGAAGGAGAAGAAAUUUUAAAUGAGGAAAUUAGUACAUUUUAAAUCUUAGUUAAAUCUGCUUAUGCCCCUUCUAAAUUGAAUUUUUCUUUAUUGUAUUAUAUAGAUUUUUUAAUUUGCUUGGGUUUCUUAAGAAUUAGAUGUUUUCUUUCUUAUACCUUUGACAAAAAAUGUUUAUAAAUGACUAUAAUUUAUAAUGUAUGGUGUUGUAUGACUUUGUUAGUAGAAAAAGCCAAAGCAGCCGUGGUUAGCGCUCAGUUAUUCUUUGGGACUUGAUCUCGAAUAUAUGCAGAUAGAAUGUUACAUAAACAAAUUCUUACGAAACAAAUGACAUUUUUUUUUUUUUUAUUUAGAAAAGCACUAUCUUUUAAAGAAAAAUCAGACUUUUAGGGCAGAUUCUGGAAUAAUAUCAUGUUGUCUCUUUGGGAAUGUCAGAAGGGAAAACAAUCCCCAGGCACACUUUUAAACUUUUUUAAAGUUAUUUUAAAAAGACAUAAAAUAUUAAAGGACAGUAAAUCUCAGAGGAUGAGCAGUGUGUUUCUAUAUAAUAAGGAAUGGCUAACAGAUGCUCUCGGCUGUCUCCAUUUUCUUUCAAAGAGGUAGUAGGUAUUUAAAGUAAUAAAUUGUCAAAGUGGUUACUGGGUACUACUAAAAUGAUAGGUGCAUAUAAAUAGAAGUAAACAUAUUAUGUAGUGAUAAUAUAGAACCUCACAUAAUAAUCAAGUAUAAAAUUUGGCAUGGGUGGAGAAAUAAAGAAUAUGGAAGCUGUAAAAGAUGAAUUUAGAGAAGUUUUCAUCUGUACAAUCAGUUCUUUUUAUAGACUUUUGAACUAAGGUUUCAAACCAAUUCAUGACUCUUACUUGAUGUACAGAAAUGGGCCUCUUAACAAAAUUUUCAAAACUGUAGUGGGAUUUCUUUUUAUAAGGGAAGUUUAAUAUGGCAUUGUUUUCAGCCAGUUAUUUGGUCAGGUGAAGGACUACUCUUUUCCUAUAUUUACUAAAAUAACCUAAAUCAUUUUCAGUAAUUCAAAAACUCUAUGAAUUUAAGAGCCUGUUGUGAUAGGACUCCUGAUUUUAUGACAAGAAAAAACCAUGUUGGAAUUCAGGCAUUUUAUUAGGUACCUUAAUCAUCGGUAAUUAGUGUAUAAUUAUUGCAUUUCCUACAAGGACUCUAUAGUUGUAUGUAUUCAGUGUGUAUAUAUGUUCAUAUGAACUCACAAGAUAUAGGCAAUAGAAAUUAAGUAAUCUAAAAGAGGAUUCCGUUAUUCACUAAAGUAUCUUCCUUUUAAAUUUGGAUUUAUAAAAUUAUAGUGCAGUAACUUUAAAUGUAGAUAGUGCAAACAUUCUUAGCACCUCAAUGUAGUAUGUUUAAUUAAAAUUUGUAUAAAUGUAAAUUAGUGUAAGAGGACAAAAUAAUUAAUCAAGUUAUUUUUCAAAAGAUUGCAAUAAGUUUUUGGUCUUAACCUAAACUUUGUUCAUUUUGUACAUACUCUGUGUUAAUUCUAACUGCACCUUUGUGAUGUGUAUUUAUAUACAGUGUGCAGAAAAUGUUUGUGAAAUUUUGAUUACAAUUGUAGAUUAUGUAUGAUGGCAUUGCUUACGAAUGUUUUGCUUGUAAAAAUUUCAAGGUGCAAUCAAAUGCUACUAGUUUUUCUGAUUUUCAAAAAUCUAUCUAAAAUAUGAAGCCUUUUCCUUCCUGUGUAGUACUUACUCAACUUUUUGUAUUCAGGCAUUUGCAUCAAAUUGCUGAACAAGAUGAACAGCCACAUUAAUUCAAUGAUUUUAAAAGACUAUUUGGGGAGGGUUGGGUAUAUAAUUUUUUAGCUCUAUUUACAUCCCAAAGUAGAAAGAUUAAAUUUAUAUUUACUAGAGCUAUUCAAAGAAUACACUUUUCUAUAUUGUAAAAACAGGACAGCAAAGUAAAUCAUACAGAAAAUAAACAUUUAUACUAUUCUGUAAAAAAAAAGGUAUUGCAUUUUUUCUUUAGUUUAAUAACAUCACUUUAACCAUUUCAUAUGCAAGAAACCUUUUAAAUUGAUGAAGUAAAUUUUACAUUACUUCUGAAAACACACAGCUAAAAAAUUCUAUCAUUUUGCUCAGUUAUUACUAACAUAAAUUGCUUUGAAAUGAGAAUAUGUGUUCUCUUUCUUUCCACUGUUUCUUUUAAGAGUAGAAACUCAGCUGGGCAUGGUGGCUCAUGCCUGUAAUCCCAGCGCUUUGGGAGGCCAAGGUGGGUGGAUCACUUCAAUCCAGGGGCUCUAGACCAGCCCGGGCAACAGGCUGAAAUCUUGUCUCUACUAAAAGAAAAAAAAAAAAAAUUAAAUGGCGCAUGCCUGCAGUCCUAGCUACUCAGGAGGCUGAGGUGGGAGGGUCCACCUGAGCCUGGGGAGGUUGAAGCUGUAGUGAGCCAAAAUUGUGCCGCUGCACUGCAACCUGGUCAAUCAGAGUGAGGCCCUGUCUCAAAAACAAAAAUACCCAGAAAAUCAAUCUACUAUCUCUCUUUUAAUGUGAGAUAUUCUUAUGAUGGCCAUCUUUCUUAGUUUCCUUUUUUUCUGAAACACCAAACACAACCUGUAGGUCUUAUCUCUGGAGGCUGGGAAACAGAACCUUAAUGUUACAGGUACAACGGCAAAAUUGGUGAGGUGGGAAGGACAUAGUCUUUAGCUCCCCAUUUUCUGGCAAGUGGACAACUGACAUUUUUUCAACCUUAUGUAAAAUGUGAAUAAAAACACUUUUAGAAAA